AUGAGGGUCUCCAUUAGGACGCCCAUUAUCAGCCUUUACCACGCCAGCGUGAGGCACUUAGUGCAUGCAGCAGCUGCUGCGGCGGCGGCGAGUCCUGCGACUGCAGGAUCCUGCGCUGUGUGGGCAUCCUCUGCAUCCCCAGCAUCCUCAGCAUCCCCAGCAUCCUCUGCAUCCUCAGCAUCCUCUGCAUCCCCAGCAUCCUCAGCAUCCUCAGCAUCCUCUGCAUCCUCUGCAUCCUCUGCUUCCUCAGCAUCCUCAGCAUCCCCAGCAUCCUCUGCAUCCUCUGCAUCCUCAGCAUCCUCAGCAUCCCCAGCAUCCCCAGCAUCCUCUGCAUCCUCAGCAUCCCCAGCAUCCUCUGCAUCCUCUGCAUCCUCAGCAUCCCCAGCAUCCUCAGCAUCCUCUGCAUCCUCAGCAUCCCCAGCAUCCUCAGCAUCCUCAACAUCUUCAGUACCCUCAGCAUCCUCUGCAUCCCCAGCAUCCUCAGCAUCCCCAGCAUCCUCUGCUUCCUCAGCAUCCUCAGCAUCCCCAGCAUCCUCUGCAUCCUCAGCAUCCCCAGCAUCCUCUGCAUCCUCUGCAUCCUCAGCAUCCUCUGCAUCCUCAGCAUCCUCAGCAUCCUCCACUGCAUCUCUCUGA